UAAUAACAUUAGUCAUUCUUCUCAGCUCAUCGCUUGAAAAAAAAAAUGCAUGUAGGUGAAGAGGCUCCGCAGUGCAUUUCCCCGGCUACAGUGUUGCAGGCUUUCACAUCUACUCUCCUCAUCUUCCUCCGGUCUCUCUCGUGUUUGGAAACCGAGCUCAAUCGACAUGCACGCGCUCUCAUCGACCGAGAGCAAGAUGUCUAUGUGCGCAGAAGUCCUCUUUAAUUCUCUUUUAGUCAAAUGAUCCUGAGUCAAUGUAGCGUCUGCUGCUCCCUUCUGCGUGUUGUUCACGGAUUGUUGUGUGCUUUAGUCAUAGACUGUAUGGUUUUAGUGCAUGCACCCUUGCAUUGGCUGAAAGCAUCUCCACAUCACUCGGAUCAAAGAGAGAUUCGGCUUUCUUCACCCGGGAGUCGGGGAUAAUAUGUCCAGACGCAAACAGACCAACCCUUUCAAAGUGAAUUGUAGGUAUCCCAGGGCCUUUUCACACGACUGGGUUGUCCGGCCCGCAGCACACUUUUGAGAUGGAUGCUAGAGAGGACUUCACUGAGGACGGGGAAUGCCAUAGCAACAACUCACAGGAACCUGAAGAGCAAGACAGCACAAGUGACGACGGUGAUAGUGAUUUUGAUAAAGACGACUCCUCAAAUGCCUCUGCUGAUGACAGCAUGACGAGUAAUAAGAGCCACGGCCACAUGCUACAGGAUGAUGUCAAGGAGGAGAACGAGGAGGGGACAUACCAGGGGAGCAGUUUUGCGUGUCCUCUUUGUUCCCUGGAGUUCAAUAGCCCAGAUGAGCUCAUCGCACACGUCUACCAGCACACAGCUGAGAGUGGCAGUAAGAGCUAUAUCUGUCCUGUUUGUGGAAGAGCUCUUAGUUCUCCAGGCUCUCUUGGUCGUCAUCUUCUCAUCCAUUCAGAGGACCGACUGUCCAACUGUGCCGUAUGUGGGGCUCGCUUCACAGACACUAACAACUUCAACAGGGAAAAGUUGAAGGAGUUCCUCGACACAAGCAGUAUAGAGAUCAACAGUGAGGGUGAGGCCUGUGCCAUGUCCGACUCUUUACCCAGAAGCACUAUGACUAACCCAAACACAAAUCCUGGUCCUGGACUUACCUCAUUACCAGAUGGUCUUCUCUCUUCUGCACCUCCUUUUCCCUCACUCCCCGACAGCCUCAGUCCUCAAAAUACAGGACUUCCACCUCUUCCAGACCUUAUGAACCCUAUGCCUGUGUACCCAGCUGGGGUUUUGUUGGUUUGUAACAGCUGUGUAGCCUACCAGCAGCUUGUGGAUGCCCAGUCGCCGACCAUGCGGAAAUGGGCAAUCCGUAGGAAGAAUGAACCCACAGAGGUGCGGAUGCAGCGGCUUGAACGGGAACGAACUGCCAAGAAAAACAAGCGAUCAUGUGAGACACCAGAUGAGCGGGAGAUACGCCGCUUACGAGACCGUGAGGCAAAGCGUAUGCAAAGGAUGCAGGAGACGGAUGAACAGCGGGCACGUCGUCUGCAGCGAGACCGGGAAGCCAUGCGACUCAAGCGGGCCAAUGAGACGCCUGAGAAGAGGCAGGCAAGACUAAUCCGUGAAAGGGAGGCAAAGAGGCUAAAGCGGCGCUUGGAGAAGAUCGACCCAUCCCUGAGAAACCAGAUCGAGCAUGACCCUGCUGCGAUGGCUGCUCUCACUGCAGAUAUGAGUCUAUUCCAGUUUUCCUUUCCCAUGUCCGUCCCUUCCAUGGACAAUGGACUGUUUAUGAAGCUUCCCUAACAAGCACAGCUCCAAACACCUCUCAGCCCAACAUUUUAGAAGAAUUUGCCAUUCUUAAAGAAUAACCAUCUUGGCCAAAGUUGUGAUGAGAAGGUUAUAGUCUUGCAGUUUCAAGGAGGUGCUCACUCUGACAGCGAUUUGCAGUGAUGUAGGCACCAGAUGGCUUUCACUUUCAAUGACAGAUUGGAGGCAACAUGAAAGACCGUGAGUUGCAAUGCAACAGUGUUGUGCAGAGUGACAGUGGGAGUGUAGACAAUGAAGCUCACAUGUUCUGCUGCCUGAUACACUUGGAUAUUGUAGUUGAGUACAGAAUUGGUUCUACAUGACAGACAAGGCAAUUAAUAUCUCAGUGAAAAAUAAAAUAGAAGAGUAGGCAUCAUGCAGAUAAUGUUCCCAUCUGGUAGGCAGAAGAGAAUAGAGGAGCCUGCGGCACCAGAGUCCCACAAUCACCAUCAGUCAAGUAGGAACACCUACUAGCGACCAGGACCACGUCGACUUGCCAAUGAUCAGAUCCAAUGAUUUAAUUGCUGUCAGUGUGAACAACCCUUUAUGGAUUUCUGUAACGUAUUACAUAAUUAACUGAACUUCUAUAAGAAAUUCCGACAUUCACUGAAGGAAAACCCUCUCAGUAAGCAUGUUUCAGGAGACUUACCUACUUUGUUUUCAAGGCUCAGACUUUUAGCCGUCUUUCUUCAGAGCAGUGAAAUCCUUCCAGAAGGAGGUUCUCUGUUUGCACAUGGACCUACAGCGACAGGAGUGAGACAUUUAGCCACACUCCACACUCAGCCUACUGUUCAAAUUUGCCUGUCUUAAAGGUUGGAGUUUACCUGCAACUAUGGCUCACCUCCCAGAACCCAAGAUUGGGUCACUACUAGCUCAUACUCACAGAACCAACUACCUCAUCAUGGGAUCUUUGCAUGGCCUAGUCACACCUAUGACCUCGACAGGAACCACAGGGGUUGUGCAGGUCCACAUACUGACUCAAUGUUCUCUAUGCCAACAUGAACUCUUGUCCAGGGGUCCACUAGUCCUGCUUUUGAGGGUUAAUCCUUCAGAGUUCACCCCGAACCAAGGUAUUCAGGGUUACUUGAAACCCCCAAGAAGGUGUGCUGGAGUAGAUUAGAGAUAAACUGUUGGCCGUCCUAGAGCAGGAUUGGACACCUCUGGUAUAAUCAUUGCCCUACAUGUUUGCAGAAACAACUACAUUUUAUUUAAAUGGCGUUUGAGUGCCUCUGACCCAUAUGCUGAAAUCCAAGUGGGCUCAUGGUCUUUGCUUAUACAGACCAUAAGGUGUCCUACUUGUCAAGCUUUAUAAGGAUUCCACCUUUGCAACCACUGUGUCCCUCAAUGCACCCUUUAGUUGAGCCCAACCUGGUUCGGACUUUGAAAACAGACUACUAACUGACAGUCUGUAUGGCAUUAUAUUACUUAAGUGUGAACUCCAUGAAAGACUUAAGGGCUGAGGGUACCAUUUGGGACAAGGCCUCAAUUGGAGACUUUGUCCUUUUUUAAAAGAGGACGGUCAUUCUCCGGAUGUACUGUUAAAUACUAAAAGCAUCCGUUUCAAAGCACAUUCAGAUACACUUCUCUGACCUCCCAAAGGCUUUAUACCUUAUCACAAUGCUACACGGGUUGAUAUUUGUCUAGGAACUCGGGGAUGGUGUGGAUCACUAACAUCCUCCUGAGAAUACAGAGGAGCAGGAGACCUCCUCUUCCUCAUUCUUCAUUAUCAUCCCCACUUGCUCAGAUCAUAUACUACCUUUUACUCACCUUUACUGGUCACAUUGGCCUUUUUUUCUGUUGUUCAGACUGCAAACUCCUCACGUGAGCCAAAAUGUCGAAAUGGAUAUUACGCAACUCCAUGGCGUUUCAACUAACCAACCAAUCUCUGCCCUCUGCUGCUGUCAAUGUACUGUAUAAUGUGUAUGUUACCUCUUUAAACCAGUAUGGUCCCACACUGGACCUGGGAAUGCUUGUUGUUGAUGGUGAGGCACUUAGUGUGUGCUCGAUCUCUGUGGCAACAUAAGUAGUGUACAAAUUUAAACGGUUGCCUUUUUCACUGGAAAUUUGUGCUUUGGUUUUAUAUUUAAUGAUUUAAAUGGAUUUGUGUGGUCAUUCUGUGAGAUGUGCAAUGAUGUAAAGGUUUAGCAAAUGCAUGUACAAUGAAACAAUCAGGACGAACACUUCCAGAGAGAAAUCCCUCCUAUAUGAAGCAGUGAUGGCACUGUAUGUAAAAAUUUAAAUGACAAGGUAGACACAUUUGCCAACGUUUUACACCAAUUCAAAGGUGAAGUGUAGAAUUGCUGAUCAACAUCUGAUGGCCAAAGUAACACUUGCAUCCCAAACACUGCCCCCUGUCUUCCAUUAUUCACCAAACAGGUAAUCCCCCACCAAAAUUUAACCAAUUCAGAUAUUGACAUACAAAGAAAAAGCACCACAGUGUUUAUGGUAGUGGUUCUAAAACUUUUUGGGUCAAUCACUUCAAGAGUAAAACAACAAUGGCAGACCACCAAAUCUCAAUCAGGGGUUUCAUUCAAUGCCCUUUAAGAAGGCUGUUUUCUUUUUUUUUUUAUAGGAACUCAUUUCUUUUAGCUAAUAAACUGAUGAGCCAACUAUUUGCUGGCUAAGAAAUUGGAUGAAAAGUUUACGUCCAAUUUGAGAACAUAAAAUGAGUAUCAAUUCAGUAGGUUAGUCAGUUAAUUCAGUGUUGGUGCUUUUAUUUAUUUACUUUUAUUGUCUAAACUGGCACACAACAGUUUGAAAACCACUUUCCAAGUUGAGAGAACAUUACACACCAACUUUACUCACUUUUCAGUGUUUCAUAUUGGGCAAAAAGUUAUGUCAUGUUAAAACGGACCACUGUACAUCUUUAAAUACCUCUUGAAAACAGGGUAGACUUUCUGUGUAUGAUUUGUCUUAUAUUUCAUUCCAAUACUUACAAUUUAUUUAUUACUGCAGUGAAUGAUGCACAUUUCAAUGUUUUAAAUUCACAAUGUUGUCAUUACCUUCUUUAGAGAUACCUCCAAUACUCAAAGUGAAGCAGUUGAGCUUUCCCGCACAGUUGAAUGCAACCGGAUACUGGUCCCACAUUUAUGCUGUUGUGAAGUAUUAAUGAUGGGCUCCUUAAGUAAAAGAAAUGAUUUAAUGUACAUGUGAUGACGCAUCACUAUGCAACUGAGAGCUGUACUCAAGAAACUUUGUAUUACUACUAUGCAGUUUAUAUGAAAGUAAAUGGACUCAUGCUCGAGAUCACAAACCUCAGGCAACUCUUGACAGUCAAGCCAUUGGUCCUCAAGUCCGUAACCCUCGCCCACCAGAUCCAUCCUUAGCUUUGUUUUCAGUUGCACCCUUGAUGAUAAGGACCGAGUUGAUGUAUUCAGGAAGAACAAUGCAAUUUUUAUGACCAAUUCCCCCGAAGUUCAUAAUAAAGUGCAGAGUUAUUUCAUACAAUAGCAUCAAAGAUGUGGAAACCCAUUCUGAUGCAAUGAUAAAAUCAAAUGAUUCUAUAUAUUCCAGAAUGAUAUGGCUGGAUGCAUUGUCUAUUUUGAAGAUAAAAUAUAAAAGAGUAUUUUCAAACAUUAACCCUAUUUAGUCUUUCCUAAACUAGUAUUUUUAGUGGUAUGAAUUGCAAUGUGACAUGUUGUGUAUUUAACAACUAUUUUAUUUUACAUGUCUGUGUAUAUUAAGUCAGUAAACCCCUGGAAAUGGACCUUGCAUGUUAUAAACUACUUGUUCUAAAUGCAUUUAUAGGAGCUUUUCAUUUAGGAUUGGCGUUCAGUAAUGAAUUGCCUUUUUGUCAGUCCAUCUAGAUAUUUUCAUGAUAAUGUUUACAAAUCUAAAAGGCCAAAAUGAAUGAAACUUAAAAGUCACAAUGCCAAAUGGUCCUGUUCAGAAAGCCAUGCUCUGUUAUUGGGUUAACAGAUUGAAAGCUCAUGAUAAAAGCAGGAACAGAAUGUGGAAUAAACAUUGACUUUACUGCUA